CACAAAACAGCAUGAACGAAUAAUCAAACCCAAAAACGAAGGAAAACAGUGACAUAAGUGAGUGCCAGUGAAAACGCCCAAAACAAACUUCCCGCCCAAAAAACAGAAAAAAGACAAUCCAUCAUGGGCGUCCAGUCCUUCGGAUGUCGCGUCCUGUACCUCUUCUGCCUCCUGUCGGCCGCCCACGCCCACAGGGAGCCGCAGGAGAGGACCGAGGGCGCCAACGUCCUGAUCCUGCACCCCAUCUACGCCGGGAGCCACGAACUCACCCUCAGGAAGUUCGGCGAGAAGCUGGUGGAGCGAGGUCAUCGGGUGACCCAGCUGCGGUGGCGGUCCUCCAAGACGCGCCCGGUCUCCUCGUCCGUCGAGGUCAUCACGCUCAGCCCGGACAACCACGAUCUGCGGUACCCCUACAUGAACCAGGACGGCACCUUCCAACCACCUACUAGCAUGCUGUGGGAGAGGCCGAGGCACAUGUGGCAGCUCCCGACGGACGUGUUCGGCCUGAUGGACGCCCACUGCGAGGCGAUCCUGGGCGACGAGGGCCUCAAGAGCCGCCUCCGCAGCGCCAACUUCUCGCUCGCCCUCGUCGACAUCAUCGCCAACGAGUGCUCUCUCGCCCUCGCCUUCGACCUCAACCUGCCCGUCGUCGGCUUCUGGGGCUUCUCCUUCCAGGGCGCCGAGUCCCGAGCCGCCGGUGUGUUCCAAUCACCCGCUUUGGUCCCGAACUUCUUGAGUGAAGUUGGAGCGACGAUGACCUUCACCGAACGAGUGUGGAAUACGCUGGUGAUGCUUGCAGAGACCGCCAUCAUCACUUACCACUUCACCGUCACCGAUGGACACAUUAAGCGCCUGCUUCCCUCCAGCCCCACCAGUCGCGAGCUUCUGCGUGAGAUGGAGGUGGUCCUGGUUCACUCGCACUGGUUCAUCGACUACCCGAAGCUCAUGCCGCCCCACGUGCAGUACAUCGGCUGCAUCCAGUGUGGCCCCCCGUCGCCGCUGCCGCCAGACCUCGAGGAGUGGGUAUCUGGCGCGGGCGAGGCGGGGGCGAUCGUCUUCUCCCUCGGCUACACGGGGUACGAGGCCAACACGGUGCCCCCUCACAUCAUGGAAGCCUUCGUCAACGCCUUCGCUCGCCUCCCUCAGCGGGUUCUUCUGAGGUUCAACGCCGCGAGACUCAGCGUCAUCCCCGACAACGUCAAAGUGCUGGAGUGGUUCCCUCAGCACGACUUAUUAGCUCACCCCAACACGCGCCUGUUCGUCACCCACUGCGGCCAGAACGGGCUGAACGAGGCGGUGUACCACGGCGUCCCCAUCGUGGCGCUCCCCGUCUUCGCCGACCAGGGAGACAACGCCAGGAGGGUGGUGGACCACGGGCUGGGUUUGGCCAUUGACAAGGACUCCAUCAGCGAGAGCGUGGUCUUUGAGACGAUUACGACCGUGCUUAACGAUACCAGGUACACCGAGACAGUCAAGAGGUUUUCCUCGCUGUGGCAGGAGGAGGGCGAGUCCGGGGCAGAGCGGGGGGCGCGAUGGCUGGAACGCGUCCACCGAUAUGGCCGCCUCACCCAUCUGCGCAUGCCCGGCGCCCACCUCAGCUUCUCCCAAUAUUUCGCUCUGGAUGUGGCUGUUUUCCUCAUCCUGGUGGCUGCCGCGCCUUGGUGUCUGGCCUACUGGCUCUGCUGCAGAAGAAAACACGGGAAGAGCAAAAUAAAGGAGGAGUGAUUGGCUUUUGUUUUGGUGUAUGGAUGUUCUUGUGCGUAUGGAUGAGUUUCUUGUGUGUGUGUUUAGGGUAGAGAUUUAUUUUUGUGACUAUUUUGCAUGGAUAGACGGUGAGGAAAUAUGAAAUAUAUGUGAUUUUAUGAUAUAUAGAAAGUGGAAAGAACCAGCCCAAUUAUUGAAAAAAAAUGUUUUGAAUCUCUCUCUCUCU